CUUUAUGAGGUACCCGGCUCUGACGCUUCAAUAAGACGGAAAGUACGGUCUAAUGACCCGGUUUUCCCAGAACGCACUUUUGUCUGAAAAUGGAAGAACUUGUGGUAGAAAUUCGCGGAGCUAAUGGUGCUUAUUAUAAGGGAUAUAUCAAAAACAUCCAUGAUGACGAGGUCACUGUGUCUUUUGAGAAUGAUUGGCAGCCAUCAAGACGGGUGACGAUGACUGAGGUGCGUCCAGCUCCGCCCAAACUCGUCGACAAACCUGAAUACAAAGAGAGUGAGCAAGUUGAGGUGUUUGCGAAGACGCAAGAUGAUGAGGCUAUGGGGUGGUGGAAUGCCCGCAUCAAGAUGUUCCGCGGGGAGUUUGCUGUUGUCGAAUACGUCGGCUGGGACAAAACCUACUCCGAUAUCGUCCCUCUGGAGAGGCUUAGGCCUGUGAAUACACUAUGUCAUAUCACUAAAGACACCUUCUACCAACAUGUGAUAGAAAUCCCUCAAGAUCUCUUGGAAAUCUGUCAUGACGAGAGUUCCCACCAGGAGUUUAAGAAGCAUGUGGGUGGGGCAUGUAUAGUGUUCCAUCCAGAGGAGGCAACACUUGUUGUAUUGUCUACAAACCAAGCUGUGAUUAAACGUGCAACCAUGAUGGCAGAAAUGCAUGUACGAAACCUGCGACAGAAAAGUCUGCUACGGCAACGUACGGAGGAAGCAGUGAAAAAAUUACAGGAGUUAAAUAUGCAUGCGAAUACAAAGAUAAAGAGUGGCCAUGUGGAGGAGUUUCGCGUGGAGGACACCUUGAUGGGCCUCGCGAUAGGGACGCAUGGGGCUAACAUUCAGCAGGCACGACACGUAGAGGGCGUGACUAAUAUUGAUCUCGAUGAGGAGACCUGUACGUUCAAAGUCUACGGAGAGUCAGAGGAAGCAUGCAAGCGGGCGCGGGCAAUGUUAGAGUAUGCAGAGGACACUUUCCAGGUCCCCAGGGACCUUGUGGCAAAGGUGAUCGGUAAGAAUGGCAAGAAUAUUCAAGACAUUGUUGACAAAUCUGGUGUAGUGCGAGUGAAAAUUGAGGGGGAUAACGAGAGGGAUGCGCCGCGGGAAGAGGUAGACACUUCUGACCCUUUACAGGGGCAGGUGCCGUUCAUCUUUGUGGGUACCGUGGAAAAUAUCAGCAACGCUCAGAUACUACUGGAAUAUAACCUGGACCACCUACGGGAGGUUGAGAGACUACGCCAGGAGAAGUUGGAAAUCGACCAGCAGUUACGCACCCUUGCCGGUCCUCAGUCAGGCCCAUAUUACCCCAACCCACGGGACCGCCGUGGGGACAGUAUGGACCCAUACUCUAGCGACAGGGAUAGUGACCGGAGGGGAGGGUUUCGUGGUGGAAGGGGGAGGGGUAGAGGAAGGGGCUAUCCACGCAGAUAUCAGGACAGAUACGGAGAUGACAAUGAACAUUAUGGCGGAGCUGUUGGAGACUGGAACCGUGAAGUUAUGCAGGAGGAACGCAGGCAGCAGGGUUAUCUCACCGAUAGUGUGCUCAGUUCCCGUGGCAGGGGCGGUUAUAGAGGGGGGCGGAGACCGCGGGCUCGUGGGGGAUACCACAGGAACUCAGAUUAUGAUAACCGAUUUUCACGCUACCCACCACGGGAUAGAGAUGGCUUUAGACCCACAUCAUACGACACAGAUGAUCGCGAUGAGCGUGUAGACCGGUCUCGGCGGAGGGUUGCGGACGAUGAUGAUACUGUCCUGGAUAAUGCCAGUGUUACAAGCCAAGACCAGGAUUUCAGUGAUGGUCGAAAUGACCGUCGUCGUCCGCGGCGACGUCGCACAAGGCCUGGUGGUCGUGGGAAUAGUAGCGCUGCUUCCGGAACAGAGACGGACACCAGUGUGUCAAACUUCCCUCCACCAUCACGCGGUGGAAAGCCUGGGUCAGGACGUGGAGGAUCCACAGGAAAUAGGCCUGAGGGGAAGUCUGGCUCCCCAGCACCAGUUGGAAAUGCUGCGUCUGGUUCAAGGCCCAGUAAUGGUGGAGAAAGUCAGGCUGUUAGUGGAGAGGGAACAGGUUCUGGCGUGGCAAAAGGUGCAAGUGGGUCAUCGAGCGGGCCAGCACCAAGAGAUCAGCGGGAGCGCCGAACCAUGGGAAACCGGCAACCCGCAAAGAAUGGGUAUCCUCCCCGUGGGGCUCACAGUGGAAACGAGGGGGAUAAUAGGGGAGGUAAAGGAGCCCAAACUGGGUCGAUAGGGAAACAAGAGCAAGUGGUCAACGGAGAGUAGAGGCCAGGAGCAUAAGAUGAAAGACGGCACUAACGCCCACUUGAUCAGUUACGGCUAUAUUGAUUGCAAUGAAUAACGAAAGAAAUUAUGCUCUGGUUUGAUUCGUGAUUGCAGUAGAUUAGUAUGAUGCCAAAAUUACAAUAUGGUGAUUGUAUUGUUCUUGAUUCAUACCAAUUACUAUGACAUUGAAACCCGAUCACAUGACAUUAAAAUCGAUUAUUGACAUUUCGCACUACACAAGGACAGUAAACAGUGGCUUCCAAGAGAUUCGAAAAGACCGGCAUUUUCGCACGAUAAGUAUGACAAUGAUUUGAAAACAUCUGGAGAAGGACUGUAUUUGUAUGAUUCUUUUGAAGGAGAUUAUACAUUUACAUAGACAUUUUACCAUUCAAGAGGCAACAAUUUCAUCCCAAUGGAGACAAACAGUGCCCAAUUUGGAGUGAUUUGGAGUAAACAAUUCCCAGAUUUGCAUGACUCUUAGAUUUAUUUUCUUAACAGUGAUCCAUUUCUCUAUUUUUUUGUAUGUAUAAGGUUAUAAAUAGACUGUAGAUAUAUUCCAUCAAUGGAGUGGGAAAUAACACGUUUCCCACAAUUUUGGUGAAUUUGGAAAGAUUUCGAACAAAAUUGUGUGAAAUAGCAAAUUUUUAGGCAUUACUGCCAAAGUCAAUGAAAAACCAAUCCACCUGUAGCUGUAGAUUGCUUUUUUAUUCCUGAGGGUUUAUUUUUGUGAAUUUCGCGAUUUAAUCCAUUUAUUUUAUCGAUUCAAAUUUUGACAGCCGAAACUAAGCAAACAAGUUCAGAACUCGCAGAAAUAAACUCGGAAAAAGAAGUCGGGAAUAUAAAACCAUCUACAGCAGUAAAAAAGCAAACAGUAUUUCCACCAAUAUAAAAACAUAUGCAAAUUCUGUGUUUGAAUGGAGGUUGGAGUACAUGCUGGUCACUAGUUCACGUUACAUGUGUGUAAACACGGAAUGUCUAGUUUUUGUUACCUUAUUUUUGUUUUAAUAUUUCCUAGUUUAAAAACAAUCAACAAAUUUUCAUUUGUACACUUUUUCUGAAAAUCGGUAUGACCAAAAAAAAAUGCCACAAUUGGUAUUUAAAAUACAUUUUUUCUGAUCAUCUAUACAGUAAAAAUAUAUUGAUAUACAGUCCACCUGGGGUAAUUCGGCGUAUGCAAACAAUUGUUGGAUUUUGAGUCGUGUAAAAAGCACAAAUAAGAAGAUUCCUUGGUAAACACCAAAAAACAUACUGCUGAUUUAUAUUUUGUCACCAUUUUAUUAAACAUACCCAUUAUUCUUGCAUUUCCUUGCAUCUGCAUAACAUUUUCUAUUCAUAACUUAAUGAAUACCCCUUAAACUCAUGAAUAAAUGAUGAGGAGAAAUCCAGAUGUUUGAUUGGAUGCCUAAGACACACCUCAGAACCCAUUCUAUUCAUAACUUAUUGAAUACCCUUGACCUCAUGAAUAAUUAAUGAGGAGAAAUCCAGCUGAUUGAUUGGAUGCCUAAGACACACCCUAGGCAAUAUGGAAAUAGCAGAAAAUUUUCGGUGGAAUAUGAAUAUUCAUGUACUACAAUGUUUCGUUGGCCUGUUUUCGCACAGAAUUUUCAGUAAUAUGAAUGAUGUGGCAUUGGUCACCUCAAUGGGUUUCUUGGGCGGACUGUAGAAAUUAUUUUAUUUCGCUGUAUGUUGUUAAGAAUGUCGUUAAGAAUGUUUGAUUUAUCUUCUUUAAAUGAAAAAUAUAUUGAAAAUAUAUGCACUAGAAAUUAUUUUGAUGAAGCAGGCAGAGACAGUUUUUUAACAGUUUCAUAACUAUACAUGUAUUUUCACCUUCUGUAAUAGAGGUCAAUCUAAUUGGCUACUUUCCAAUUUGCAGAAAUGGCAAUCAUUCUUAUUUGCUUCAUAAAAGGACACAUUAUUGAAUUUAGCAAAUUAUAUGAAUAAAGAAGACAAGAGAGGCAAACUUUGAAAUUCACCUCUGAUAUAUGACUAAGGAUUCGGUUUUCUUAGUCUUAAUUCCUAAUUUCAUGGAACAAAUCGCUAAAGUUUCCAUAAAAAAGGCUAGAGUAGGCCUCUUCCUAAUACUUGCUGAAAAAGCUCUGUUUUUGAUUAAUUUUAUCUGGGCUAUUUAAUUUUAACAUAUAACCCAUGGGGGUAAGGCACUUCUAAAUUAUACCCCCCCCCCCUCCCAACAGAAACAACUUGACCACUUUUGAAUCCAAAUAAGGGAAAAGACACCCACCCAUUUACUAAGAAAAUAAAUGCCUUUCCCCUUCGCCUCAUGUUUUACUGGGACAGCCCUAAAGGAUAAUAAAAUAGUGUUGUUACUCUUACAUCCCGACCAAAACUUGCUACGUAGAUAGGAAUCCUGUUUACAAAGUAUGUAUAUCAUUGUUUUGUUAACAUACAUACACAUUCUGACAUAAGUGUUGCAAAAAAAGUACUGCAAAGCAUGUUAGCCAUAUCACUUAAUCAAAUAAUAGUGCCACAUUGAUAAUUUCAAAGGGACUCACUCAUGUUUUUGUAAAAUUAACUUUUUGUUGUAGGACGAAACAAAGUGUAGCAAAUCAUUCCAACCAAGAUGCUGACGGCUGGAACCCUACAGCAAAUGUUGAUACGUGUUCAAACAUUGUUUUGAAGUCCACGAUUUUGUAUAGUGUUAGUAAGGCUUUUCAACAAAAUGUUUCAAGGCUGAGUUUCUAUGUUUGUGUAUGAGUCCUUGUGGGCGUGUGGUUUUGUUGUCAGUUUUCUAUUUUUAUGCCCCCUUUUGAAAAAAGUGGGGUAUAUUGUUUUGCACAUGUCGGUCGGUCGGUCGGUCGGUCGGUCGGUCGGUCUGUCGGUCGGUCGGUAGGAAUACCAAAUGGUUUCCGAUCAAUAACUUGAGAACGCUUUGACCGAGGGACCUCAUACUUGGUAUGUGUAUUGGUCAUGACCAGCAGAUGAACCCUAUUGAUUUUGAGGUCAGUGGGUCAAAGGUCAAGGUCAGUGUGACCUUUACAUGAAAAACGGUUUCCGAUCAAUAACUUGAGAACGCUUUGACCCAGGAACCUCAUACUUGGUAUGUGUAUUGGUCAUCACCAGCAGAUGAACCCUAUUGAUUUUGAGGUCAGUGGGUCAAAGGUCAAGGUCAGUGUGACCUUUACAUGAAAAACGGUUUCCGAUCAAUAACUUGAGAACGCUUUGACCCAGGAACCUCAUACUUGGUAUGUGUAUUGGUCAUCACCAGCAGAUGAACCCUAUUGAUUUUGAGGUCAGUGGGUCAAAGGUCAAGGUCAGUGUGACCUUUACAUGAAAAACGGUUUCCGAUCAAUAACUUGAGAACGCUUUGACCCAGGAACCUCAUACUUGGUAGGUGUAUUGGUCAUGACCAGCAGAUGAACCCUAUUGAUUUUGAGGUCAGUGGGUCAAAGGUCAAGGUCAGUGUGACCUUAACAUGAAAAACGGUUUCCGAUCAAUAACUUGAGAACGCUUUGACCCAGGGACCUCAUACUAGGUAGGCUUAUUGGUCAUGACCAGCAGAUGAACCCUAUUGAUUUUGAGGUCAGUGGGUCAAAGGUCAAGGUCAGUGUGACUGUAAGCUGAAAAAAGGUUUUCUGAUUGUCCAUAUUUUAUUUUCUUAUAUAGUAGACAGUAGAAAUUUAUAUGUCACUAAAUGCAUGAGUUGAAGUAUCAGUUUUCAGUGAACAUCUAGUUUAAUUAUGCCCCCCUUCGAAGCAGAGGGGUUAUAUAAUUGCUUUGCACAUGUCGGUCGGUCUGUUGGAAGACCAAAGCUUGUCCGAGUGAUAACUCAACAAUUCCCGGACCUAUGGUCAUCAAACUUGACAUGAAGAUUAGGUAUGACCAGUAGAUGACCUGCCUCAUAUGCAUCCAAUGACAAAUCAGCUGUCAUUUCAGUCCAUGCAUAUUUCAUUCAAUUGUCCAAAUAUUUCUGGCAACUUGGCGCUCAGGGGGCAUAAUGUUUCACAAACAUCUCUUGUUUCCUUGACUUUGCAGAGGUUGGCUUCCGACUAAUAUCAGAAUAUUUUUUAUGCUUGAGGAUUUUUAUCAGCAAUUUUUGUAUCAGCAAGUAAAAUAGUUCUAAUAUGAAUGUUUUCAGAUGCAUAACCGGGGAAAAUAAUUUUGCUGCCAAAAACAUGAGCGAGUCCCUUAAAAAAAUACCAACAACAAAAGUAGCAAAAUGGUUGGUUGGGUAACUGAAACCACAUUAUUUUUUGGCCUUAUGCAGAUUCAUGAUGUUUUUUUGUUAAAAAUGUAACCAUUAACUCAAAUUUUGAGAUGGUAAAGGUUGUUCAGUUUAUAUGUUAAUGUUUGUGAUGUUUAUUAUUUAUGAUUUGUGUAGAAACUUUGCAGUGCAGCUAUUUCUGCAUUUUGUCUAUAAUGAAAAUGUUUGAGAGUAUAAAACUACAUUGUAACCUUCCUAAAAAACUUGUUAAAGUGGAAACAAAUGACUUUUUAUUUAUUGUUUAUAAACAUUAAUGGAAUAAAUCUGAAUUCUCGAUGAA